AAAUGAAAAUACUUCAAAAUUGCUUUGGUUGGAUGAAAACCCAGAAUUAAGAAAUGCUUGUUUUAUAGCUGUUUUUGAAAACUUGCCUUGAAUUCGCCGGAAAUCUUCAUCUCAUCAUCAUUCAUCACCACGUCAAAACGCAGCGUUUUGUGAUUAUACGUUUCAUUUGCAUUUUGAAUUCGUUAAAACGCUGCGUUUUGAGGGCCUGUUUCCCUCCUAACAUGUCUCUGAACUCGGUUUAAACGGUGCGUCUUAAAUCCAAUUCACCUGAAGAGCCGUUGGUUCUCGGCUCCUGCUUCGAAGACGAUGGAAGGAGGAAGAUCGGAGAUGGGGGUCACUGAGAUCGUGACGCCGGUUGAUUCAAUGGACUGCUCUCUCGUCUUCCAUGUCGUCAAAGACGUCCUAGGUUUCGUCCUUUACAUGCACCAGCAAAUCCCUUCAAUUUUGCAGGAUAUUAGUGUUGAGUUUGAUGCACUGCAUACUGAAUUCAAAGAGUUGGAAGUGGUUCCCACAGAAACUGAAGUGGCAUCUUCUCGAAGAAAACGAAUUGGGAGAAUGAGAGAGGUCAGGCAGGGGAUUAGGAGACUGCAGAAGUUCAUGGAUGCUUUUUCUGGGCUCCAAACUGCAUUGCAACUGAUGCUUAGUGAGGUUCCUGAUAUCCAAGGAAUCAUUUUGGUUCUUGGAGCCAGCCCAAUUCGGCCACAACAUGUUUAUGAGUUUCGAUUUUCACAUGGAAGGGUUGUUCCUGGAGGUGCAUGCAAUUUCAUUAAAAGCAGAGCUGCAGAAGGUCUUUCAAGAAAGGCUAUUCGGGCACUGAUCUCAAAGGGUGCGGGCUCUGCUUCCUAUACAGGUCCUACCAAACUGUUUCUAUUGGUUAGAGCUUCCUCUUCUUUCAAUCUACCACUGCAUUUUCUUCCCAAGCGUGACUUCAGAUACAGCAAAAAGAUAAUACCUUUCAGAUUGCAGCUUAAGUGCAGAACCCGAAAUCAGGAAAUGGACACUCCCCAUCAUGAUUCCCAAACUGCUAACAGCAGCUCCAUCAAUUUAACAGAUUCUAGUUCAGAUGAUUUAAUCUGGUUUCAGUGUCGUCAUGUAAUCAAGGGGCUGGCAUCCAAGGCACCAUCAAUGGAGGAAUGACAAAGUCGGUUUGAAUCCCCUCUGAUUCAUUGAUGACUUUGUUUUUUUGUUUGUUUUGUAACUUCCAAAUUUGACUGCUGUCAUACUGGAGUGGAAAUGCAUGAAGAUUUAAGUCCA